ACAUGGCGAGAUUUGAAAUAUACAAUUGAAGGAGCCUCUCGUUUUAUUCACGCCAUUUUGCCGCCGUUUCCGUGGUAACCAUACAAACACAAAACAAAUCCCGUAUGUCAAGGCAGUAUUGUUGCAUUAAUCCAAUAAACAAUUCAAUAAAUAAUCUUUGCUGAAUGUGACAUAAUGAGAGCACAUCCAGCAUGGGUCGACAAGGUGCAAGAUAAAUCAGAUCAAUGUAUAUAUGAUCUUUGCUUUAAUCCGGAUGGUACACAAUUAAUUGUUGCAUCUGGCAAUCAAGUUCUUGUGUAUGAGACUAGUGAUGGUGCUUUGAUUCAACCAUUAAAAGGCCAUAAAGAUACAGUAUAUUGUGUAUGUUAUGCUAAGGAUGGCAAAAAAUUUGCAUCAGGAAGUGCCGACAAGAGUGUUAUUAUCUGGACUUCUAAGUUAGAAGGAAUAUUGAAAUAUUCACACAAUGAGGCCGUACAAUCAAUGCAAUUUAAUCCUGUCUCUCAUCAGCUGCUCAGCUGUUCCCUCUCAGAUAUUGCCUUUUGGUCUGCGGAACAAAAAGCUGUACAGAAGCUCAAGUCUGGAGGAAGAGUUAAUUGUUGUGCAUGGACAAAAGAUGGACAAUACUUAGCCCUUGGUCUUGCAAGUGGAUAUGUAUCCAUAAGAAACAAAAAUGGUGAAGAAAAAACGAGGAUCGAACGACAAGCUGGAGUACCAAUCUGGAGUUUAUCGUGGAAUCCUUUACGUGAUGACUCUAUGGACAUUCUCUGCAUCGCUGAGUGGAAUGGUAUAAUCUCGUUUUACACUAUUGGCGGAGAAGUUGUCAGAAGAGAGAGAUCUCUUAAUUUCAUACCGUUGAAAGUCGUCCACUUCCCAGAGGGCCAAUAUCUUCUUGUUUGCGGCAGUAAUAAGCAAUGUCUGUUGAUGACGCACGACGGCAUACAGCUGGUUUCCGUAGGCUGUACCUUUUCGUCGUGGGUAUGGAGCUGCGCCAUUCAUCCGACUGCUUCGCACGUUGCGCUCGGUUCCCAGGACGGUACGAUAACGUACUUACAACUAUCCUGGAACGUUGUGCAUGGCUUGUAUGGAGACAGAUAUGCCUACAGAGAGAACAUGACCGAUGUGAUCAUACAGCAUUUAAUUACGAAUCAGAAAGUUCGAAUUAAAUGUAAAGAUCUAGUAUGCCGAAUUGCAGUUUAUCGAAACAGAUUAGCCGUGCAAUUAUCUGAACGUGUAAUCAUCUACGAACCGUCCGGCACUAGUGAUGGAAUGCAUUACAGAAUACGAGAGAAACUCAACCAGACGUUGAACUGCAAUUUGUUGGUUGUUACGUCGAACAAUCUAGUUCUAUGCCAGGAGAGGCGUCUGCAGAGUCUCUCUUUCACCGGGAUAAUAGAAAGAGAAUGGAUACUCGACGGUCUUAUCACGUACAUCAAAGUAGCUGGCGGCCCCGCCGGACAGGAAUGCUUGAUAGCCGGCUUGAAGACCGGCCACGUGAUGAAAAUAUACCUAGACAAUCCGUUUCCCGCGCACGUGACGAGAAUCGAGGACUCUGUGCGAUGCUUGGACAUCAGCUCUUUGAAGGAAAGAAUGGCGGUAGUCAGCGAAGCUGGUAUUCUGUCUGUGUUCGAUCUGUGCACCGGUGAGAAACUGCAGGAAUUUCAAGAUGUCAACAGCGUGGCGUUCAACAUCGCUUUCGAAGACAUUAUGUGCUUCGCUGGCAAUAACUAUCUCGCGAUUAAGGUAGCGAAUUUCUCUGAAUAUAGGCAGAAGUUCUCUGGCUUCGUGGUAGGCCACAACGGCUCGAAGUUGUAUUGUUUGAACGGCUCGUCGAUCAUCACGCUAGAAGUGCCAUUGUCGUUGUUCAUGUAUCAAUACCUAGACAUCGGCUUGUACAAUCACGCCUAUGACAUAGCGUGUUUAGGCGUGGCCGAAUCGGACUGGCUCGCCCUGGGAAUGGCGUGUUUGGACAAUCUGGAGCUAAAUAUCGCGUACUCAGCUUUCGCGCGGGUAAAGAAGCUGCGUUACAUAGAAACUGUGUCGGAGGUAGAGGAGAAAUUAAAGUCAGGCGAAUGGGGACGAGAGGCUUGCAUGGCCACCGCUGCAGCCGCCAUGGGCAGACUCCGCGACGCGGCGAAGCUCUACCAGAAAGCUGGUUUGCAACAGUAUGCUUUGGAUAUGUAUUCCGACUUGCGAAUGUUCGAUAUCGCUCAGGAAUUCAUAGCUUCUGGCAAUACGCAGGAUCGCACGGUGUUAUUACGACGGCGGGCCGAGUGGGCGAAAAGCUUGGGCGAGCCGCGCGCCGCCGCCGAGAUGUUCCUCUCUGCGGGUGACAUCGACCGUGCCAUCAGCAUCAUUGCUGAGUACGGUUGGAUCGAUAUGCUGAUCAAAGUAGGCAGGCAAUUGGACAAAGCAGACCGUGACAACUUGUCGAUGAUCGCCAAGAAGCUGAAGCAAUUAGGUGCCUCACACGGCGCAGCGGAGAUCUUCAGCCGGCUCGGGGAUGAUCCCGACGUCGCCGACGUACUCGUGGACGCGCAGGCGUGGCCUGAGGCUUUUGAACUCGCGGAGAGAAAUCCGAAGCUCAAGUCGCGAGUGUACGGGCCGUACGCGCGAUGGUUGGCGGAGACCGGGCGGUUUUCCGAGGCCCAGGAAGCGUUUCAAAUGGCUGGACAACCGGAAGAAUCCAUAAUGGUGCUCACGAUGCUGGCUAACAAUGCUGUCGUGGAGAAGAGAUUCCGCGAUGCUUCCUAUUUCUACUGGCUUCUGUCGCAAUUGAGUCUAAAUUUAACGAAGAACGCGGACGAGAUAAAAACAAUGUUCCUCAAUUAUUCUGACAAAGCGGAUAUCUAUUAUGCGUACCAUGAAGUGCACAAAUAUCUGGAAGAACCCUUCACGUCGCUGAUGCCAGAGGCAUUAUUCAAUAUUUCGCGAUAUUUGCUCAUGAAGACGCAGAACAUACGUCUGGAAGGCGUGUCGAAGCUGACAAUAAUGUACAGUUUAGUGAAACAAGCGCGAAUAUUGGGAGCCAAUAAAUUGAUGAUGCAACUGCUGGACCAGUUGCGCGCAAUGAGGAUCCCCGCGAGUCUUUUGACGCAAGUGGAGACGUCCACGUUGGCCGCCAGAUCUUACUCUUAUCGCGAUCCGGAGGAGUUACUGCCGCUGUGCUACAAGUGCUCCACCUUCAAUCCGUUGUUGCCUACAAGCAACGUUUCCGGUAGUAAUUGCACGCAAUGUGGUUUGAAGUUCCAACAUUCCUUUGUAAUGUUCGAAAUCCUGCCGCUGGUGGAAUUCGAGCUGGAGGACGAUAUCACGGACGAGGAAGCGGAAAAGUUGAUAGAAGAGCCAUUACCUUCCGCCAACGACGUCGCAUUGAGCGAUCAGUUCACCGUGACUUCCAACGAGGCCGAUCUGUUUACCGUCCGCUUAAUGAGAUACGAAGAAAAAUCCAGCAACUCCACGAUAACUGUGAGCAGAGGAGUGUUGAAGAGUAUGGAUCCGUCCACAGUAAUAAUCAUCAAGUGGCCGAAGCCCUUCAAGACCAGAUAUUUCCGAAAUCUGUUACCCGAUCUCCAAGUCAGCCUAUGCAAAUGCUGCUUAAAGUUGUUUCAUUCAGACGACUACGAGUUAGCGUUACUGCGACACGGACACUGUCCGUUCUGUCGGACGCCGAAUACUCCGGCAGGUUGAAGCAUCACACUACGAGAUCAGGGGAUUUGUUGUAGAUUACGUGUACUUAAUAUUGAAUCGUUA